CAGCUGUCAGACGUCAGUUGCCAACGACUUUUAGGAGAGGAAGGACGCGUCAUCUCUGUCCGCACGCGAUGUCGUCGCUUUUCACAAAGUUCACGUUCCUUAUGUACACAGUAUGUCUACAAGCCGCCAUAUACCUCGCGGUCGGAGUCCUAUCCACAAUCUACCUGAUGGUUGCGUGGUUCAAGGGAUAUUUCCACCGAGCCAAGGAGAGGGACAUCCCGCCACCUUGUCUUCGGGAUCCGGCUCUGGGUUGGCAUCGGUUCGUCAAGCUGAAGAAUGUAAAACUCCAUUACGUUGAGGCGGGCGAUUCAAGCAACCCCUUGGUGGUUCUGAUUCACGGAGCUCCGGACUUUUGGUUCACUUGGAGGAAGCAAAUUCCAAGUCUUGCGAAUAACUAUUGGGUAGUUGCUGUGGACCUGCGUGGAUGCGGUGAUUCGGACACUCCCAGCCUGAGGACACAAUAUACGAUAGACAUUAUAACAGAGGACAUAGUUCACCUCAUAGGCAGUCUGGGUCGAGAUAGCGCCCACCUUGUUUGCGCAGGUGUGGGUGGGCAAGUGGGUUGGCGUAUGGUACAGCGAUACCCCGGCUUGGUAUCAAAGAUGGUACUUGUUCAUUCGCCACAUCCCUACAUCGUUCAGCAGCAAAUCCACUCCCUCUGGAGUAAUUAUUUGAAAUUGUGGUAUCUGUUCUUUUUAAAACUUCCGUUGCUACCAGAGUAUGCGGCGCUACUUAACGACAAUGAUCUCAUUGACAAAAUAUUGAAGCCGUUGAUCCGAACGAAGGCGGUGUCCGAACAGGAGAUCGAGGCUUACAAGUUCACUUUUUCGAGAAGAGAGGACUGGACGGGCGCCCUCCACCACCUGCGUCAGAUCCGAGUGACGGCCGGCGGCGCUGACGAAGGACCGCCGGAGGUCGUCACUGUCCCUGUCCUGUUGAUCAUGGGGGACGCCGACCCCAUUCUCCCCCUCGAGACGGCGUACAGAUCAGCUGAAUACGUCGCGCGCAUCCGCAUCAAACCCCAUGGGCGGCACUGGUUACCACGCCCACGUCAGCCACGCCGAGAAAGUCAACCAGGACAUCGACGACUUCCUGACGGUCCCCCUCGUCUGGGGCUCGGCGGCUCGUCCUCGUCCUCGUCCUCCCUCCAGCGACGGUUCGGAGUCCCCGUCGCCCUCCUUCUCCCGGAGUGUGUUGGGCGCCGGGAUCUCCGCCGUCACCUCGACUUACGGAAGACUCAGCGGCGCUUUUGAGACAACGCGAGGAAACGUUUACGGCAUCGUCCACUCGUCGCUGAAAACGGCAGAGCAAACGUUUCAGCUUGACCACAUGUACUGAAUGGCUUCGGUGAAACGUUUUUUUUUUUUUUUUUUUUUUUUUUUUUUUUUUUUUUUUUUUUUUUUUUUUUUGUCUAGCUAAUAUAUAGAAUGUGAGUGUGUCAAUAUAUAUUAUUAAUUAUUAGUGCACUGUUUUUACUUUGUAUAGAUGUGUGUAGGUUGUGCGUUUGUGACGAGAAUAAAUGGUUACGUGAUAU